AUGAAGCUCAACCCGAGCAAGUGUGCCUUUGGGGUCUCGUCGGGAAAGUUCCUCGGGUUCAUGGUCCACAAACGCGGAAUUGAAGGAAAUCUGGACAAGAUAAGGGCUAUCCUCGAGAUGGAAGCGCCGAGGAAUGUUAAACAGCUGCAGAGGUUGAACGGCCGACUUGCAGCCUUGAAUCGCUUUGUGUCUCGCUCCACGGACAAGUGCCACCCUUUCUUCCGAAUACUAAGGAAAAAGGGUCGGUUCAAAUGGACCGACGAUUACGAAGCUGCACUUCGGCAGUUCAAGCAAUACUUCAGCUCGGCCCCUUUGUUGUCAAAGCCGCUGCCCUGCGAUGUACUCUACCUGUACCUAGCAGUGUCGGAGAAUGCAGUGAGCUCAGUACUUAUCAGGCAGGCGGAAGGGCGGCAGAGCCCUGUUUACUACACGAGCAAAUCAUUGACCGAGGCCGAGGCUCGUUACCCCUGUGUUGAGAAGCNGAGGAAUGUUAAACAGCUGCAGAGGUUGAACGGCCGACUUGCAGCCUUGAAUCGCUUUGUGUCUCGCUCCACGGACAAGUGCCACCCUUUCUUCCGAAUACUAAGGAAAAAGGGUCGGUUCAAAUGGACCGACGAUUACGAAGCUGCACUUCGGCAGUUCAAGCAAUACUUCAGCUCGGCCCCUUUGUUGUCAAAGCCGCUGCCCUGCGAUGUACUCUACCUGUACCUAGCAGUGUCGGAGAAUGCAGUGAGCUCAGUACUUAUCAGGCAGGCGGAAGGGCGGCAGAGCCCUGUUUACUACACGAGCAAAUCAUUGACCGAGGCCGAGGCUCGUUACCCCUGUGUUGAGAAGCUGGCCCUAGCCUUGGUAACCUCGGCGCGACGCCUACGACCAUAUUUCCAGGCACACAAAAUAAUCGUCCCGACAAACUUCCCCUUAAGGCAGAUUUUCUACAAGCCCGAAACGUCAGGUCGCCUGAUGAAGUGGGCACUAGAGCUCAGUGAGCACGACAUCGCCUUCGAGCCGAGAGCGGCGUUAAAAGGUCAGGCAGCUGCAGACUUUGUUGCCGAGCUGACCCCACCGAGGCCAGGGGGCGAUGUCCGCGACCAGUGGACACUCAGACACUCUAUGUGGAUGGUUCUUCCAAUGAGAAAGGUUGUGGGGCAGGUUACCGAGGAAUACCAAGUAAAGGAAGCUCGUAUGGAGAGGUAUCUGGCCAAAGCCCGAUGGCUCCUCGCCCAGUUUGAGGACUAUGUGAUUCGACAGGUGCCGAGGUCCGAAAACUCCAACGCCGACGUACUGGCUCGCCUGGCCUCGGCAUACGAUACCGACCUACCAAGAACGGUUCCAGUUGAAAUACUUACUGAAUCGUCCGUCGACCAGCCUGAGUUAAUGGAGAUCACGUCAGCUCAGCCUACAUGGAUGGACCCAAUUAAGGACUUCCUGGUCAAUGGCUCAGUCCCCGCCGAUCCGAGCCAGGCCAGAAAGCUCCGACGCCAAGCUGCCCACUACUUGAUGCAAGAAGGCAAGCUUUUCAAAAGGGGAUAUUCCCUACCAUUACUGCGGUGCCUCGACCCAGAAGAGGCGAGGUAUGUCAUGCGCGAGAUUCAUGAAGGGGUUUGCGGAAACCAUGGAGGAGCGAAGUCCAUGGCCGCGAAGGUCGUCCGCCAGGGCUACUACUGGCUGACGAUUGAGCGCGACACCAAGGAGUUCGCCAAAACAUGUGACAAAUGUCAACGCUUCGCGAGCAUUUUGAGACAACCUCCGGAGAUGCUGACGCUGAUUUCAAGCCCUUGGCCUUUCGCUCAGUGGGGGAUAGAUCUGAUCGGCCCACUACCCAUGGGGAAGGGGCAGUUGAAGUUCGCCAUAGUAGCUGUAGAUUACUUCACCAAAUGGGUGGAAGCGGAACCUCUGGCGUCUUUUAUCGAGUUUGACGGUGCCCGGUUUAAUCAAUUCUGUCAACAGCUCGGCAUACGUCACCUCAGCUCGUCGCCUGCCCAUCUGCAGUCUAAUGGGCAAGUUGAAGCCAUCAACAAGAUCAUUAAGCGUGGUCUGAAGACGAGACUGGAGUCUCUGAAAGGUCAGUGGGCAGAAGAGUUACCAGAAGUAUUGUGGUCUUACCGAACUACACCCCGCCGAUCUACCGGCGAGACGCCAUACGGCCUAGCCUUCGGGUCGGAGGCUGUUGUCCCUGCGGAAGUCGGCAUGCCAACGCCCCGAGUUGAGAAUUUCGACGAGCAAGCCAACAGUGAAGCCCUACUCGUGAAUCUUGACCUCCUCGAGGAGAAAAGAUCUCACUCCCAGCUCCGGCUAGCAGAAUAUCAGAACCGUAUGGCUCGGUACUACAACGCCAGGGUAAAAGUCAGAACGUUCAAGCCUAGCGACCUUGUCCUCAAGAAGGUAAUGCAGCAUGUCGGAGCACUCGAGCCGAACUGGGAAGGUCCGUACAGAGUCCUAAAAAUACUCCGACCUAGAGCCUAUCUGCUGUCCGACCUCAACGGGAGACAACUCCCCCACCCAUGGAACGCCGAGCAUUUGCGAGUUUAUUAUCAAUGA